AUGCCUGAACCACCGGGCACACCGGGCGCUGCGACCAUGCAAGCUGGCCGCGCCAUCCCCGUUGGCCUCAACGAAGCCGCUCUCGACUCCCCGACCUUUCGAGUAACCGCCACCAACUUUGGUGAGCAGGUCGAUGCCAUCGAACGAUGGCUCAACGGCUACGUCCAGUCCACCUCGAAGCUCCUGCACGACUUCCUCGCCCUCGAAGAGACCGUGAACACCUACAUCGUCAAGAUGAUGCCCUCGGCCGCCGACGGCGUUGUUGACAACGACUAUACCUUUCUGGCCCUCAAGAGGGUCGGCGACGGCUGGCGCGAGUACUGGAUACAAAUGUUGAGCACCAUGAAGAAGAUGGAUGGUUCGAUUGUCGAUCCCAUCCGGCAGUUCAUCGUUGGUGACCUGAGGAACUUCAAGGAGUGCAGGAGAGCUAUGGAACAGGCGCAGCGAACCUUUGACACGACCUUGGCCCGCUACGUCAGUCAGUCAAAGACAAAAGAACCUUCAGCCCUCCGCGAAGACGCCUUUGCCGUGUUCGAGACCCGAAAGCUAUACCUGAAGGCGUCCAUGGACUACUGCCAGCUUGCUCCCCAGCUACGCUUCAGCAUGGACAAGCUACUUGUCAGGAUCUGCAGUGAAAGAUGGAAGGAGCUGAAGCGCACUAGAGAGGCGGUUGGCAACGCUGCUCGGUGGAACCAAGAGAUGGAACGAAUUCAGGGUUGGUCCAACGAGAUGGGAGCUUCAGAGAUGGUUUUCAGACGUGAACUGCAAGCGGCCAGACGAGAUCUUGCAGAGGGCGCGCUCGCAGGAUUUAAGCCGUCCCGCGAGCUUGAAGACUACAGCACCUCGACUGUCCCCUUCCUCGGCACCCGUGGCCCCGUCAACCUGCGUCUCAAGGAGGGUGUCCCUGUCAUCUCGGAGAAGCAAGGCUGGCUAUUCCUCCGCGCCCUCUCUGGCAAACCCGCAAGACAUACAUGGAUCAGGAGGUGGUACUACUGCCGCGACGGCAUCUUUGGCUGGCUCAUACCGGGUCCAUUGGGAGUUCUCCAGGGUGAUGAGAUUGGAGUUUUGCUUUGUAACGCAAAGCCAGCGGUGGCUGAGGACCGACGUUUCUGCUUCGAGGUCAAGACAAAGAGCCAAACGAUACUCCUUCAAGCUGAGACACAAGGCGAACUCACGGAGUGGCUGGAGGUCUUCGAGGUAACCAAAAAGAACGCCUUCGAGACAAGCAUGAACAGAAGCAACGCUACCCUCCCUGGUGCUGUUGAUCCCGCCUUUUCCAUCUCACCGCCAAGCAUCCCAGAAUUCUCAGCCAAGACACUUGAUGCACAGAUUGGUAUCUACGACGAGUCUGGGAGUGGGUUCGAGCGAACAAGUACGCUGCCAAUUCCUGGGACAGAUGGUAACCUGAGCACGAGACAGAGCUUUGACGUUAAUGGCAGCUUGUCUCGUCGAUCUAUCACUGCCCUGGGAAGAGACUUGGCACGAGAGGAGGGUGAAAGUGGCCGUGAACAUGCAGCCAGAAUCAUCCAAAAGCUUGAUCUUCACCGCAAGGCCACAUUUGGUAGUCAAGCAGGUUCUGAGCCUGCCCAGGGAAGCGGCGCAGGAUCUCCUGGACUUUCAAACAUGUCCACCAGCCACAUUCUACCCGGAUACUCAAAUACUCUAGCAAGCUCUUCCACCUUCAGACAAACGCCUAGCAUGCUGCCAUCGGUCGACACCCAAUCUGGCACUCUGGCUCCAGCCACUCUAGCAAAGCCUCCCUCGAUGACAGGCUUGAGUCGCAUUGCCGUAUUGGCUGCGGGAGAGCGUCGCCCUGUGGGGAGCAAUAGGAAGCUCCCAGCUUCUGUCAUUGCCAAUUACUGGGGAACUAGUCUUUGGGGUGCCAUGAACACGCCGACCCAACCCGUUCUACCUAGGCUUGAUGAAGACGACCCUAUUGGAGUUGUGGUUCCCGGAAGUUCACAGGCUAGUCUUGGCAAGGGUAUCUCGCGGAAACAAGGCGGUGAGCUGUUCCCGCGGAACUAUCCCCCUGAGCUGAGGGCCCAGCAUGCGCAGUUCCGUUUGCUGUUCCCGGAUGCGCCUUUGGAAGAGAAACUUGUGCUCGUCUUCCGAGCAGCCUGGACUGGCUCCCCUGAGCGCGGACCUGGCAAACCAGACAUGGCGGGAGAUGGCCGUAUCUAUGUCACGCCUGACAACAUGUACUUUUACGGACAGCAAAUAGGCCUUGUCACAGCCUACAGCAUCAGCCUCGAUAUCAUUGCCGAGGUGACAGCUGCUCCAGGAAAUGACUGCGAUUUCAUCUUCUUGCACCUGGGCGAUGAUUCCAAUGAUACUGGGUACACUAGGAUCACCAUCAAGGUUUUCUUGGAAGAGUUGGGUCUCCUCCACACCCGCCUGAACCUGUUGAUCGACGACCUUCAGGCUGAGGAACCCAUGGACGUCGAGGAAAUCAUUACUGCGUUGAUCAAUCUUGAGAAGGAGGAGUUUGAUCGACCAAGCCCCAGCGUUGAGAGCUGGGAAGAAGUUUCAGCCAACACACCGAUGGACGAUGGAACCUGGUUAGGAAGACCGGUGGCUAGGCGGAACGACUUCAGCUCCCAUUCGCGCGCCUUGAAAUCAAGAGCCAGACAGAUACACAAACUUCACCUACCAGUUCGACCAGUUAUUUACGAACCGGAAGGUAUGAAGGAGAUGGCAGCCGAGCGCAACUUUGAGAUCAGCGCAAAGUCAUGCUUCCAUGUGCUGUUUGGCGACAAGAGCUUUGUGUUCCCGAAGCUUUACUUUGAGCGACGCGCUCAGCAGAUUGCUCAGGGCCCAUGGGUACUAGUUGAUCAGGGAAGGAUGAGACGGGACUUCCAGUUCAAGGUCGACUACAAGGAUGUCCUGGGCCGAUCAAAGGAGGCCGAGGUCAACGACUAUCAGAUCAUUGAUGUAUUCAGUGAUCAUGUCACAUACGUAGUGACACACGUCAAGACAGCGUGGCAUCUGCCUCACUCAAGCUGGUUCAAAGUCAUCACCAAGAUCGUCAUCACGCAUGUGGCCAAGUCCAAGUGCAAGCUUGCCAUCUACACCAAGAUUGAUUGGUCCAAGCUUCCGGCUCUGUCAAAGAAUCUGGUGGAGCGUCAAGCGCUUCGCGAUGCCGCAAGCGAUGCUGAAGAGCUUGCCGAAGUUGCCACAGACCAGGUCCGCAAACUCGGACCUCGAAGUCGGACAAACAGAGCAAUCCAAGUGUAUGGGCAGAUCGGCCAACAGACAGAGGUGGUGGUCUUCAGACCUGGUGCGACAGACUCGGCUAAGAAGCAGGUCAUCAAACCCCGAACGUUGACCGCCAUGCUAUUUGAGACAGUUCGAUCUCUGGGCGAGAGCGCAGUAUCAUCGGUCAUCAUGGGUGCUAUUGCGGUUCUACGCAAGGCCUUUAAUAUUAUCACGGCUCAGUGGAUCAUCCUCGCCUUGCUUGGAUUCAGCACACUUACCAAUGUGCUUCUGACAUCGAGCGAGGUGACAACGUGGUGGGGUGAGCGGAGGGCAGCCGGAUUCAUGCAACGUAUUGGAAUCCGACCAAACCUGAUGAUGAGCAAGGCCAUUUACAUUGCCGAUUUGGAUGAGGCGUCAGGGGCUGGCCAGACAUUGUCAUUCCCGGAGAACAGCACAUGUUUUACUACGUUCAAAGACCUACUGGAUACCGCCGAUAUGGACACGCCAUGGGAGGAAGCCGGAGCCAGUUUGUCAACAGCCACAAGCCAAGCCACAGCACGCCGACUACGACGAACGCGACAGCGGCUAGGUUCGUACCGACAUGAUUUGUUGGUGGCGAUGCGAGUUGUCAACAGCAUUGAGCGGGAGAUGCUCCAGUCGGAGUGGGAGAACUGGCUGGUGGAUGAAAAGUCGCUGUGCGAUGAGCUGGACAUUAUGCUCCAGAUGGAUGAUCGCAGUAAGAAGCAGAAGAAGGGAUCAGAAUCCGGAAAGAAUAAGGAAUCACAAAAGGUGAUGGAGCAGACAACGGCGAAGCGAAGACAAGCACUUGAGCAAUGGCGCGACAGCUACUGCGGAAGCUGUAGGAAAGAUUACCAGGUUGUGAUGCGGGAGCGGAGGUUGUCAACAUUGUAG